GUAACAGGGUACUGGUAUUCUGCUUCAUCUAGACAUCAUGGUCAAGGAAACUUACUCCCCCCAAUAGCCUAGUGCUCUCCGUCCGCAUUUAUCUACUUACCUCCUCGUCCACCGCGGCCCCCUCCAACCGCCCCCGUUCACCCUCCUCCUAUCGUAUCAUUGACUUCCCUUUCCCUUCCCCCCCCAACUACUGGCAUCCAUCACCGACACUAUUCCAAUACUCGAACCCCAACCAAUUCUCUGAGCUUUCAAAAGAAACUUCCGCGUUGUGAACCACCCCGCUCUAUACUGGAGACGGUUACAGCAGAGGUUCAGCACGUCCGCCACGGAACAGUGCCAUCUACUAUUAUAGUCAGCAACUUCUUUACAGGCAUCAGGAGUUCUCUGUGCUCUCGGGACUUUCCCUUGCGGCUCUACUACCCAUUUUUCCCUCCCGUGUCGGCCUUCUUCCAUUUCGCACCUCAACACCUCAACACUUCAGCGCCCCAGACUGCUCUGCCUGUCUGGGGUAUUCUCGGAUUCACUGUGUUUUGGAUACUGGGUGUUGGGGCGAAAUAUAGGCCUGGAUGGAGGGAAAUGUCUCUGGUGGGGGUGGUGCUGGUGGUGGCCCGGCUUCGAGCAGUAGUAGCGACUUUGUCCGAAAACUCUAUAAAAUGUUGGAAGACCCUACGCAUCGGCAGACGGUUCGAUGGAGCGAUGCUGGUGAUAGUUUUAUAGUUGUAGAUACCAACGAGUUCACCAGAAACAUACUACCGAAUCAUUUCAAGCACAGCAAUUUUGCGAGUUUUGUCAGACAGCUAAAUAAGUAUGAUUUUCACAAGAUUCGGAGCAAUGAGGAAAGUGGAGGCAAUUCUUAUGGGCACCAGACAUGGGAAUUUAAACAUCCAGAUUUUCAAUUGAACAACAUAGACAACCUUGAUAACAUCAAAAGGAAGGCACCUGCCCCACGGAAACAAGUACAGCAGAGCGAGGACGGCGGUGUGCAACAGAUAGAGGAAUUAAACAGCCAAGUACAGGAUCUAUCAAAAGUCAACCAGGAGAUGACCAACCAAGUUCAACGCUUAGCCAGCGACAAUCAUGCUGUUAUUCAGGAAUUGAAUACAAUGCAGCAUGUGCUUCAACAGCAUGAGGAACGGGUUAGGGUACAAGAGAAGGUGAUAAAUAACAUCAUGGUGUAUCUACAGAAGCUGGACGAUGAGAUAAAGGAGAUGAGACCAGUUGGCGGUAUUCCUUCUCAACAACUACACGAUAAUGAGGGGAGGCCUUCGGCUCCUGUCUCUCCAGAGAACUCUGUCACUGGACCAGCUGCGAGUGCCCCAGGUUCUCGAGAGCAUCUAUCAACCCCUCUACAACGGGCUCAGAUGCUUCUUGAUAACCAUCCCGAUAUCCUAGAUGCCAACCCUACUAUGGGGCGAUUUAGAGGCCUUUCUCAAUCGGGGCCUUCUGACUACAACGAAUUUGGAGCUGUGAACCGCCUCUCACAGAAUGGCCAACGACAGGCAGCACUGUCCAACGGCGUAUCUACCAUUCCAGAGGAUGGAGGUGCCACAUUUGCAAUCGGCCCGGGAACCACAAUGGUAGAGCCUUUCUCUAACGGGAAUCUUGGAUAUUCCAUUCAGCCUCCACAACAUGAGAAUGCAAACCUAGGCAUACGCGGAAGGCCAGCUCCUAGCCGGAAACGAAGUACCCCAUUCGUUCCUCCAAAUUGGCAAACCCCGCCCAGAGUGUUACUCGUUGAGGAUGAUCCAACUUGUGCGCGAAUUGGAUCUAAAUUUCUUCAGACAGCGGAGUGCAGCGUUGACAUGGCAAGCAAUGGAUUAAUAGCUGUCAAUAAGCUCAAUAGUGGGAAAUAUGACCUUGUUCUCAUGGAUAUAGUUAUGCCGCAGCUCGAUGGUGUCUCGGCAGCCUCCCUGGUCAGACAGUUUGACAGCACGACCCCGAUUAUAGCAAUGACAUCAAAUAUUCGCCGAGACGAUAUUAAUAUGUAUUUCAAUCAUGGGAUGAACGAUGUAUUACCUAAACCCUUCACCAAAGAAGGGCUUCUCAACAUGCUCGAAAAAUACCUCUCGCACCUCAAGGCCAACGAAGGGCAAAUACCUACACAAUUGAAUUUUAAUGAGCACGACAAUAGGAUUAUUGUGGAACAAGGCAAUAUUAUGGCCAAAAGCGGACUUAAAUAUUCCCAGUCGCCUUCAAAGUCACCCCAGAACGCGGUAUUGUAUGGGCGCCCGCCUUCUGAUGCAGUCGAGGAUCCGAUCGGAGAAACACCCUCAGUUGUUGAAGAUACCGCUUAUGCGAAUCUCAUACCGGGUUACUUGGGUGACAGUACUGCACCUCGCACAACCGGCACCUUUCCCUCUCCUGGGGCCCUCGCUCAUGGAAUCCGACGAGGUGCUUCAGAGAUGGAUGGUAGCCAGCAACAGCUCAUGGGUCUCGAUGCUAAAAAGACACGCUAUUAGGUUUUUGUUAGCAAGUCGAGCCAUUAGGUUCCCCCACCCCCUAUAGUCUCUCGUUAUCCCGGAAGGUUCUUUGGAGUCACGGACACGGCUAUCUUGUUUAGGUGAUCACAACCAUCUCUAGCUAUUUCCCCCUACCUCCGUUGGGAUGUCGAUACGAGUUCGGGGUGAUUUUAUUGUUCCCACUUGUGUCUUCAACUGGGAGCGGUUAUCACGCACUAGAUGGCAAUGUUUUUUUUCCCCUCUGGAACCAUGGCGUUUACUUUGGUUUUAAUUUAUUCGAUUUUAAUUUAUUCGGUGGCCGUUUCUUGUACUCCUCGCCCAGGUUCUACUCAUCCAAGUGUUUCUAUGACUUAUUCACUCCUCAAUCUCAGUGGCCAGCAGUUCGCGGUUGCGCAUAGUUUAUCGGUUUCCACUUAUCCUCGUCUUUAUCUCUUUUUCACUUCGUUGGCUCCAUCUCUUUCUCCCCUUCCUAUCACUUUUUCUUUUGUAAACUUAUAAGUUGGGUAUCUACCCUUGUGGGGUUUGGGAGUUUCUGCUGGCUGAAUACUGGAUGAUGGGAUCACCAGGGCAGAAGAGCCCCUUCCGAGCCUUAGAGGGAGAAAGGUGCAAACGGCCUGGCUCUUGGGAUUUGGCUAGAUUGUAAAAGCAUGCUAAUGCGUAACGUACCGCACUAGAGUAAGGCUGCGCCCAGUAAUCAUCAGAUAAUAACAUUGUGGAAUUGGCGUUCAGCAAUGAUACGAGUACAAGGACAGCCACCCUUGUUGUAAAAGUUGGUUAUGAUAGAUAGCGCACUACCGG